UGACUUUUAGGAGGCUGAAAUACGGUCGUUUCAUCUCAUGUGGUUUAUGGUCGCACAGUCACACAGGAGUCAACACCAUUCCGUUUACUACAUGCCCAGUGCUAUUACCAAUUGCAUCACCUUCCACAAUAUUUAAUGAAGAAUAGAUGUGCCGGCCACAAAAGGGGCAAGACGCCCAUGCAACAGACGGAUCUAUUCAUGUGGGGCGCUUUGGUGUACGAGCUGAUGACGGGCUUCAGGCCGGGUACGAGGCCUCGAAAGUCGUCGCAGGAGGUGCAAGCAAUGAUGACAGCGAGGCAGUGGCCAGCGUUUGAGAAGGAAUUGUUAUGUGAGGUAGUGAGGAAUUGCUGGGAUGGUAGUUAUAGGGAUGCGGAAGCGGUUCGGGCUAAUGUAAUAAGUUUCUUGGAAGGCGAGGGGUGGGAGGUUGAGGGAGAGGACUUGUGAAGGGAUUGUAUACAGUGGCCCUCUUUGCUGGGGAGGAAGUAUAAGCGCGGAGUGGUCGUAUG